AAUCCAUGGUAAUUUUAGGGUAAAUCAUCCCAUCCAUACACUAAACAGUAAACAGGACAUGUCAUCUAUAAUUAGGCUCAAAUCAUCCCAUGCAUCUGUGUAAUCACAGCCUCUCUCACCCUUUUUCUCUCGUAAAACCCAUUAAAGCGAAAACACAAAGACAACGUCAACUACCUUAACCAACCGACUUAGCCCCCAAACCUCCUCCCUAACCCUUUCCUUUCCCCCCACAAUCUCAAUUCUCACAGCUCAAAGGAAAAUAUAUAAACGGAUAAAUAAAUAAGGGAGAAAAGAUUGAGCUUCCAUUUCCAAACCCUGCAAGCCCAACCUUGCUUUCCUCCUCCUAUCAUCAAAUCCUUCGCUUUUAAGCAGCAAUCAAAACAGAAACGCAAACCCAUUUUCUGUGUCUAUUUUGUUUUUGUUUCGUUUCCCGGUUCGUUUCUCUUUGUUUCGAGGUCUUCGAAUCCGAAUUCCGAUCCCUACCCUCGAUGAGGCGGCAGUUGGGCAAAUCAACCGUUCGGAUUCACAACACGUCAUCUCCGCCCACCCUCUUCUCUUUCAAGGACGUCCAAGAGCUCUGCGCCGAGGAGCCCCCUCAACACACCGCCAAGAAACCGUCUAUAUUCCACCGGGUACGAGUCGCCAACUCGAUCAUCCGUGCCUGGUCAACUCGCCCACCGACUCACCCACCCGCAGACUCACCCGAGUCCAGUCCAAAUGUAGCCGCCGUCUCGGACCAAUCGGGCAGCGACCCACUUGCGACAACGCAAUCCAAACCGUCGAUUCGGAUCCCCGGCACCGAGAAGCGCAUUGUGGUGUACUUCACGAGCCUCCGGGUAGUGAGGUCCACGUUCGAGGAUUGCAGGGCCGUACAAUCCAUUCUACGUGGGUUUCGUGUCUCGCUCGACGAAAGAGAUCUCUCCAUGGACUCGGCGUUCCUAACCGAGCUGCAGGAGAUCCUGGGCGGUCAAAACAAAAGCAAGUUAAGCUUGCCGAGGGUUUUCAUUGGUGGGAGGUACGUGGGCGGGGCGGAAGAGAUUCGGCAGCUGCACGAGGCUGGAGAGCUCAAGAAGCUUGUGGAAGGCUUGCCCGCAGCGGAACCGGGCGUGUGUGACUCGUGCGGCGGCUACAGAUUCAUUCUGUGCGGCGAGUGUUACGGUAGCCAUAAACUGUUCACGGAAAAAAGCGGGUUCAAGAGCUGUACGUCGUGCAACGAGAACGGUAUGAUCAGGUGCCCUUCUUGUCACUCCGCGCCUCUCUCAGCCGUCCGAUUAGACUAAAAGUAGAUUUUUAUUUUUACUUUUUACUUUUUACUUUUUACUUUUUUAAAUCUUAUUUUUUUUUAAAAAAAAUG